AUGGGCUGGCACAACGGAGAUUCUUUUGAGCAAUUUGCCAUCCUCACACCUCGCUUGAUUAUUGUUCCUACCACCACAGCAAUCUCGUUCAACUCAUACCGGGCGCUUUAUUCUGAGUUGCAUGCAAAUCCAGAGUUUUGUCAGAUGGGUUUUGGGCCUCAUUUCCCGGCUCGCGUAUGGAGCGAUGAUGAGACACGUGAAAUAAUCCAGACGCGUGAUAUUGAACGUUGUUGGCAAAAGCGCGCUUUAGGCGAUUUUGCCGUGGGGUUGCGCGGGUCAUCCACCUUUGAUUCCGACAUUCAGUCCACACAGAAUGAUGAUUUCACCGUGCUUAGAGGUGAUGACUAUACGCGGGUUGCGGGCCUCAAUAAUACCGAUCUCGCGGCCCACGAAUGGGUGGCAUAUGCAGGCCUCCGUGAUGCCACAACAACCUCGAUGCCGCCACGAGAGUCGGGUGAUCCUGCGCUGCCAUCGUGGGAUGAGAUGAUUGAGUUGCGCUACGGUGUCUCUCCAAAAUUCUGGGGCCAGGGAAUUGUACAGGAAGCAUCGAAGGCCAUCAUGCAGUGGUCUGUCGAUGAGAGAGGGGUCAAAAGGUUCAUCGCCGAGACGGAGAGGGAAAAUAACAGGAGUGCAAAGGUGUUGCAAAAGCUUGGUUUCACACUGAGUGACACGAACUACUGGAAAGAACCUAGCGAACUGGAAUGGGAGCGUGCUGCCAAAUGA